UUUGCAUUAGUACAGCAGAGUAAGGUGAGGAUAUCUGUCCUUCUGUGUUUAAAGAACUGCUUACACCUGAGCGGAAUAAGCAGAUACCUUGGAUUAUAACUUCAUUUGCAACCUUUAAAGGGACUUUUUCUCUCCUUAAUACGAAGAAAAAGUUUUUCCCCAGCGGUGUAACAUCUUAUUCGGUCCUUUUUUUUGGUUUUUGAGUGUUAUUUGUCUUCUCUCUAGAGCUCACAUCCAAGAUGAAGGAUAUAAUUGUUCUGUGUCUUUUGGCGCUCGUCGCUGGAGCUUAUGCACAAUGUACAUGCAAAACCAUGAAAUGGGCGAACUGCGACGGAACUCCCUGCGCGUGCACCCUUCUUAUAGCAAAUGGCGUAAAACAGCAAGUUAACUGUGACCAGCUGAUUCCUAAAUGCUUCCUCAUGAAGGCAGAAAUGUACCGUGCAAGGAAUAACCUGUCCACUAGAACUUUUGGUGGGAAGCCUGUUGAGACUGCAUUUGUGGAUAAUGAUGGAAUCUACGACCCAGAGUGUGAGAACGACGGGCGUUUUAAGGCUAUCCAGUGUAACAACACUGAAACGUGCUGGUGUGUCAACAGCGCCGGUGUCCGCCGAAGUGAUAAAGGAGACAAGAACAUCAAGUGUGAACCAGUGGAGACCUACUGGGUCCGUUUUGAGAUGAAACACAAACCUAUUUCCAAUGCCGCAGAUUUGGCACAACUGAAGACUGCAAUUGCAGAUGUCUUUAAAAGUCGUUAUAACCUGGAUGCUCAGUAUAUCGAUAACGUUCAGUAUGACCAAGAUAGCCGUAUGAUUGUUGUGGAUGUCAAGAAGCCCCAAGGAGACCGUACUCUAGACCUGCCCCGCAUGUCCUACUACGUGGAGAAAGAUGUGAAAGUUCUGCCUCUGUUUAAAGAGCAGAAUAAAUUUCAGAUCAAUCCUAAUAGUAACCCUAUGGAAAUGGAGAACAUCCUGGUCUACUACGUUGAUGAAAAGGCCCCAACUUUCACGAUGCAGAAGCUGACUGGUGGUGUGAUCGCUGUGAUCGUGGUUGUUAUCCUGGUUGUUCUCGUUGGCAUUCUUGUUCUGAUUUUCGCCAGGAGACGGGAACAGGCCAAGUAUAGCAAGGCACAGGCCAGAGAGAUGGAUAACAUGUCAUAAGGGCUGCCAUGGCUCUACAGCUGUGUUUAAUCUUUAAACACUGGAGUCCUCUGCACUCUGAUGCCCAUUGCUGUAUAAUUUUUGCUGGGGUGUUUUUAUUCCUUUUCUUUUUUUAAUAUAUAAAGUGCCUGUUACAUGUUCCAUGCUGUUAUGGUCAAAUUUAUGUCUAAGGGGACAGUCAAGUCAGUUGGAUGGAGAUAAUGUCUGCCUUGAAUUUGAGGUCUUUAUAUAGCCAUGUCUAGUUUUUAAAUUCUCAUCGAUAUUUGGUUGAGUUAAUACUUGUGUACAGUUUGUCAAGUGUCAUUGUUUUUAAUAAAAUAUUUUUGUCUUUA